AUCUGUGUGUCAAAGGCAUGCCUGUGUUAUAUCUGUGAUAUGUGGUUGUGUGUUUUGUUCAGACUAUUGCAAUGGGACCACACAGUAGGAAAAUUAAAGGUGAAAAUCAUUCGUUUACUGAUCUGAAACGGCUGAAGAAGGACAAAAAGAAAUUGAAAGAAGAGAAGUUGCUGAAACUUAUGGACGAUGGAAGCGUCGAUCCGAAAUGUACUAUUGAAAACAGCGAAACAAAAAUCCCUGCCAUGUCUACACUUAGCAUAGCAGUACCAGGAUCUAUCAUUGACAAUGCACAGUCUCCAGAACUUCGUACAUAUCUCGGUGGACAGAUUGCACGAGCCGCCUGCAUCUUUAAAGUUGACGAAAUUGUGGUGUUUGAUGAUUUGGGUAAUAGAAAUAUUGCUGAUAAUUCUAUACAAGAGGAUAUGGAAGGAAGGAUUGUGAGACACUGUUGUAUCCAGCUGGCAAGGAUAUUGCAGUAUCUUGAAUGCCCACAGUACUUACGGAAAUAUUUCUUUCCUAUUCAUAAAGACUUGCAAUAUGCAGGCCUCUUGAAUCCAUUAGAUGCCCCUCAUCACAUGCGACAAAAUGACAAAUUUUCUUACAGGGAAGGUGUCACAACUAACCUGCCAGCGAAAGCAGGCAAAGGUUCUGUUGUUAACUGUGGUCUCCUCAAAGAUGUAAGUGUGGAUAAGAACUUAACACCAGGCAUCCGUGUGACAGUGAAGCUUUUGCAAUCUCGUGAAGGUUCAAAAAAAAUUCACGGAAUAAUUGUACCACCAUCUUUGCCAUCAGCAGAGACAGGGGUGUACUGGGGUUACACAGUCCGGAUAGCACAGUCACUAGGGGAAGUGUUCUCACAAGCCCCAUACACUGGAGGAUAUGACCUCACCAUUGGAACUUCUGAGAGGGGAAACAAAGUAGAUGACAUUCCCCAGAGAAGUCUUCAAUACAGUCAUGCAGUUGUUGUAUUUGGAGGUCUCCAUGGUCUUGAAGCAGCAUUGGAUAAUGAUGAAGUAUUGACAGUAGAUGACCCAGCUUUGGUAUUUGACCAUUAUCUUAACACUUGUUCUGGGCAAGGGUCAAGGACUAUAAGAACUGAAGAGGCUAUUUUGAUUAGUCUUGCAGAAUUGCGGUCAAAAUUAAUUCCAAAAUUAAACAGUCCUGUGGGAAAGUAGUGAUUUUCAUGGAGUGUUUAGGACAAUAAAGUGUUCUGUACAAAAAUAUUUAUUUUAUCUUCAGCUAUACACAAUAUUUUAAGUUCUCACUCAGACUCGGUAAUAUUUUUACAGAAAUCUUGAUCCAUACAUUUCACCUCUCAAGCUGACAUUUUUGAAUUGAUCCUUCCACUAUGUCUCUCAUUGUUGCUAUUACUUUUCCUGGAUCCUCUGCUCCUACCACAGCUGUACCUGAGACAAUCAUAUUUGCACCAGCCUGGAAGAAACACAUUAUCUCACAUAAAGCAAAAUUAAUAUAACCAAGUUUUGGGGCUAGCAAGGCUCACCAUAUUCAGGUUAUAUAGUAUGUGUUGUAGAUAUACAGCUCCUAAAACAUUGUUUAAUUUUAAUAAAUAUUGUAAACUGGAAUACUGUGCAUCCAUAAUUUCUAAUAAGAAACUACCAAAACUGACAUGCAAGGUGCUUUUCUACCCUAAGGCCCAUUUUACACAAUACAUUUUUCUGAUGGAUGCCAAAAUCAAUGGCCUGUUAAGAAAAAUAGAUGAAGCUGAAAUGCAAUAGGUGAAACAAGCAGCUUCACACUGCCGUCAUCCAGUGAAAAUCUUCUACCCUCUAUGGCUCAGGCUUUCUCCACACCCAAUCAACUUGAUCAUAUGUUUCCAAAGUUGCUUGAAUUGCACACCUUGUGUGGCAUAUUUCCAUACAGCAAUGGAGUAACCAGAGAAUACAUAUUUCUUCUUGAUACUUUUCAUUGCAACCACCACUUUGCAUAUGCAUUAGGAUUAACCUAUUGUGUCAUCCACGAAUACCAGAUAUAUGGUUGAUAUAUUCCAGCAUAGUAAUAUAUUUGCAAAUGUUGAGUAGUGUGGACAUGCAGCUGGAGGAUGCACUCAAUUUGUAAAAGAUAAAAAUUAAUAUAUGGUAUUACAUAUGACUUCUAAGCCUAUAUUUACUUACCUCUAUUAUUUAAUAUUAGUUCCCUCAUUAAAUUUUAUUGUUAAAGAUUUGCAUAUGCAGUAAUUCUAUCAAAGCUACUUAAGUUACAGCUUAUGGAGGUACCCAAUUUGUUAAUGUUGUGUUUUCAGGAAUGUAAUCAUAACAUAAUUGAUCAUUUCUA